UACACCUAGCGAGAACGACUCAUGCAUAGCGGCGUCUUGGCAAAGAGGGCGGGGCCUGUGGGCGUGUUGGGGGCGUGGCCGGUGCUUAGAGGUACAGGUGAUACGGGUCACGCUGACAGUGGGAUCGCGUCUGGAUCGGAGAUUGUGGUCUUGGCCCACAGCUUUGCACAGUGACACCAGCACCUGGACCAGCGCCAUGGCCGACGUUAAACAUCCUCCUCCCUACAUCACUCCAGAGGAUGGUAAGAGUGAUGUGAAAGGCUACCAUGUGCACACUCCGUUCAACCCUGCCACCCAACGCCAGGAUCCCCCACAGAAUUUACCAGUGUACACCAUCAGCGGAGGCGGCGGCUUGAACUCGGGCUUCGACGAUGGCAAAAAGAAGUUCACGAGCUACGACACGGCGCUGGGCUAUAAUUCUGGCAUGACCACAUGCCCCUCCUGCCAGCAGCAGGUCAUGACCAACGUCAGUUACAAACCCGGGACGUACGCCUGGCUCAUGGUUCUACUCUUUAUCUGUCUCGGGUUGGUGUUGUGCUGCUGCCUGCUACCCCUGCUCUUUAAAAAGUUCAAGGACGCUCACCACACCUGCCCCCGCUGCAACAGACUGCUGCAUGUGGAGAAGAGAAAAUGCUGUGAAUGAGCCCCGCCCGUCCCGCACACGAAAGUCACGAACAAGGAGCCCCGCGUCUAAUCGACAACAAUGACAAAGUCACUUAUUUCUAUGGCGGAGCCUGCUUGAGCCGGCAUGGCUCCCAUGUUAAACAUGUUAAUGAGCAAACACACUGGGAGCAAGCGCCCCCAUCCACCCCAUCACAUGCGCGUCUUCUUCGUGUUAACAAAUAUCUACCGUUCAGCUCUGACACCGUUGAUUAUAGUUAGAUAGUUCCAAUGAAAUCUUGUACAUACAUUUAAAACUAGUUUCAAGGGCUCGAUCAUUGAAAUUGAAUAGGAUUGUUUUGGCCACAAUGUACUAGAGUAAGCUAUUCGAUGAGUGCCUGUUUAUGAAGGAAUUAAAGCUGAUAAAGAUAUGUACAGCACAUCGUUUCAAACUUAAAAGAACGACUUAGGAAAAGUUAUAUCUUGAAUUUUUUUUCAAAUGAAUCAUAUUGCAAAUAAGGAAAUCUCUGUGCUAUAUUCUUGAAAAUAAAAACGACAACACUGGAAUAGGGGGAAAAAUGUAAUUGCCUGUUUAAAACCCGUAGUGUGACAUUUCUAAUGUAC